UUUCCCAAACAAAGCUACAGGCAACUUUCUCUCUCGCUGCGCCCCGCCCGCCCGCGGUUCCCCAGCCCCAGGCCGGGAGGCCCAGAUGGGAGAACCCCGGGUUGGGGCCCCCCUGGAUGAUGGCAGCGGCUGGACAGGCAGUGAGGAAGGCAGUGAGGAGGGUGCUGGAGGCAGCGAGGGGGCUGGGGGAGAUGGGAGCCCAGAUGCAGAGGGUGUCUGGAGCCCAGACAUCGAGCAGAGCUUCCAGGAGGCCCUGGCCAUCUACCCACCCUGCGGCCGCCGAAAAAUCAUACUGUCUGAUGAAGGAAAGAUGUAUGGUCGGAAUGAACUGAUUGCCCGCUACAUCAAGCUGAGAACGGGGAAGACCCGAACUCGCAAACAGGUCUCUAGUCACAUCCAGGUUUUGACCCGAAGGAAAUCAAGGGAAAUCCAGUCCAAGCUAAAGGACCAGGUUUCCAAGGACAAGGCUUUCCAGACCAUGGCUACCAUGUCUUCAGCCCAGCUUAUCUCUGCACCUUCCGUGCAGGCCAAGCUAGGUUCUGCUGGUCCUCAGGCCUCUGAGCUUUUCCAGUUUUGGUCAGGGGGCUCUGGACCCCCCUGGAGUGUUCCAGAUGUGAAGCCAUUUUCCCAGACAUCGUUCUCCUUGUCACUGACUCCUCCAUCUACCGACCUCCCAGGGUAUGAGGCCUCCCAAUCCCUCUCACCCCUGCCCCCACCUGCCCCAUCACCCCCAGCCUGGCAGGCGCGGGCCCUGGGCACUGCCCGGUUACAGCUGGUAGAGUUCUCAGCCUUUGUGGAACCACCGGAUGCAGUUGACUCAUACCAGAGGCACCUGUUUGUACACAUCAGCCAACACUGCCCCAGCCCUGGAGCACCCCCUCUUGAGAGCGUGGACGUUCGCCAGAUCUAUGACAAAUUCCCUGAGAAAAAGGGUGGUCUGCGAGAACUGUAUGAUCGUGGGCCACCCCACGCCUUUUUCCUGGUUAAGUUCUGGGCGGACCUGAACUGGGGCCCAAGUGGCGAGGAGGCAGGGGCUGGCAGCGGUAGCAACAGCAGUAGCGGUGGCUUCUAUGGAGUGAGCAGCCAAUAUGAGAGCCUGGAACACAUGACCCUCACCUGUUCCUCCAAGGUCUGCUCUUUUGGCAAGCAGGUGGUGGAGAAGGUGGAGACGGAGCGGGCCCAGCUGGAGGAUGGGAGGUUUGUGUACCGCCUGCUGCGGUCACCCAUGUGUGAGUACCUGGUGAAUUUCCUGCACAAGUUGCGGCAGCUGCCUGAGCGCUACAUGAUGAACAGCGUCCUUGAGAACUUCACCAUCCUCCAGGUGGUGACAAACAGAGACACCCAGGAAUUGCUGCUGUGCACUGCCUAUGUCUUCGAGGUCUCCACCAGUGAACGUGGGGCCCAGCACCACAUUUACCGCCUGGUCAGGGACUGAAGGGGAACCUCAAAACUGGCUGACUCCCAGAACAUCCUCCUCCCAGGAAGAACGCUUCAGCUCUCCUCAUGCUUACUUAGAGGGCUGUGAUUUAAAGGGCUAACCUCAGAAACCUAAGCAAUAGGGGACCCCAAAACUUGGUUGGUGAGCUGAAUUAGGUGGGGACUGAGGAAAGAAUUGACUCUGAUAGUGAGACCUCAUAGGAGGUGUCUCAAAGGACAGAUCACUCCAGAGCAUCAAGGUUUGAGGACAGGAGUGAGACAACCUCCAGGUACUCUUCUCAGCCUCUGACAGGGCCCCUUUACCCUGCUCUUCUGGAUGUUUUGGAGGGCCUUAGUUACACAUUGGCUUGUCUCCCUUCCUGUUUUCCAGCUGCCAGCCCACCCUCAUUCCUUCCUAUCCCUACUACCCUUUGUGUCACAAAGAUUAACCCUAUUUGUGCAGGAACAGAGCCAGAUGGGCCCUGGAAAUAUUUUUAAUAUAACAAGCUAUUUAUAAGGGUUAUGACUUUAUCUCAGCAGCACAAGCAGUGGGAUGAGGCUUCGAAAUCUCAUCCCCCCUCCUCCUCAGUGAGCCACAUGCUAGACUGCUUCCUUUCCUUCCCCAACCCAAAGUGUGUUGGUUUGUGUUCUGACAGAGGAUAAAGCUAUUUUACCAAAA